UAAUUUAUACUCUACUGUGUACCUGAAAUGUAAACGAUCUAGAGGAAUGCUACCAGCAUAUUAGCUGGGUCCUUUUUGGUACACCUUUAGAAGAACAUAGUCAAGAUUUGCACAGGAUAAAAAUGCAUAUAUGAGUUAUAAUAUAUACCAAAUCAGAGAAUAUUGGCAUCACUGAGAACACUGAUCCGUUAUAGUAUAAAUUUAUGUUUUGUUGUGUGUUCAAUUAUUUUUCCUUUAAAAAUCCUUCUUUCAUGCCUUCUCAUGGCCUGGAAAUGACCUUGGAUUUUCAAAGACUAUGCAACACAAACUCUGUUAGGUACUAUCAAGUCUAUCUACUAAGAUACAGAGUUAUUGUCAUCUUCGACAUUGGAGAGAGUACCUAUGAUGACAAAAUUAUAGGUCCUUACAGUGUUCAAAUUAUUAACGUAUUCAACUUGAAUAAGGAUAUCUAUCAAAACAUCUCUGUUUUUUGUAUAUCUUAACAAAUUCCAUGAUCUCUCCUUUCUUCUCAUUAAAAUUGUUUCUGAUAUUUUAUUUUGACACUUCUUUUUCUCCUAGGUAAAAAAUACAGUUCACUUAGUUGUCAUUUUUAGAAUGUUAAAAUGUCAUAACAAGAAUAUAAAAGGAAAGAACCUAGAAGUAAUCUUUAAAUCACACUAAACAUUAUUAACUUCUUUAUUGGGAGCUCAAUUACAGUUUUAGUCUUUACAGUAAAAUGAUAUAGAAAAACUAGAUACAAUUUAAAUAAAACUUCUUAUAUGGACUAAAAUUAGGUUCUGGGAAGAAAGCUAAGGAAGCUGAAGUUUAGUUGAUGAAAAGAAGGAAAGGGGAAUCAAUGAGGAACCUUUUUCAGUCAAGUAGAGCCCAGAGCCAGACUUUUGCUCUAACUAUGAUCUAAGUUAAAUGUUCUAGAAAAUUUUUAAUUUUUAAAAACAGAUUUUUUAAAGCUAAAAAGCAAUACUAUUUAGUUUCUUGUGCUUUAUUUUUCUUUAUAUAUGUUUGAGAAUGUGUUUUUUGAUCAUUGAAAUGCUUUUUUAGGCAUAGAAGUUAGUCUUAUGGGUAAUAUUGGUUCUUCCAGGAAAGAUUUGUAUAGAAGAAAUCUAUAUUAGUAAGUGUUAGUAUGAGCCAAUAAAUGAAUCAGUGUAACGGAAACAAGAAACUUCAUUUGUGAGACAUGCAAUGAUGGUGUCUGUCUGAUCCCUUCCAGGAAAAGUUGAAUACCACUAAAAAAUAGUGUAACUAGUAAUUUUUGGCACCCCCCCACCCCCGCCAUGUUAUUACUUGUGUAGAGGGGAUGGUAUUUAGAAGAAAUAAACAAAAUAACUUCUGAUUAAUUUCCCUACUAUAUAUCUCAUUUUACAAUAUCAAUUCUUAAUUAAAAACCUUUUUAUCACUUAUAUGGUGUUUAUUCUGUUCUUUCUAUGGAGAAAAUGUUUUCUAAUAUAAGUCCAAUAAGUGAAAGGUGUGGUUUCUGCCAAUGAGAAGUGAGUAUAACCUUGGUUACCUGGUAACAAUACAAACUUUCUGCAGUUUCUGUUAUAUUCAUGUCUGAUUAGGGAUCCUGAAAAACACUUUUACUUUUCUAUACCAGGGAAUGCUGAUAAUAUUAUAGUAUAUUUGGGUUUAUUUUUUUAUACUGCUUUUUCAUUUUGCUAAUUUGACAAUACUAAUUCCAUGGAGGAGUAAAAAAGAAGAAAAAUAUUAACUUUGGGGAAUGUGUAACUUGUAAUAUGUAGAUACAUGCAUGGAAAUGAGUACAAAAGUUCAUAAAUCUAUUUAUUUAAAUAGUGAUCACAGUCCUGUGGAUUUUCAUCAGAAAAAAUAUCUUGCUAGAAUGAUUGAAUUUUGACAGAAUGAAAGACAUAGGUUGGAAAAGAAAAUUGUGAGGGAUACAUUUUGGAUCAAGAAACAGCAAAUAUAAAGUAAUGAGAAAAUAAGAAAGCCAUUGUGUGAUUGAAUUGGAGAAUAACUUAAAAUUACAUUGGAAGAAUCACUCAAGACCCACAAACAUAUCAGAAUUGGAGGAAGUAGUUUCCUCCAAUCACAAAAGAUCACUUCAUAAAAGAUCAAAGAAAAAUAUUAGUUGGAGUAGUGAUGGGAAAAUCCAAGGCAAAAAUACAGUCAUUUUCCAAGUUGAUAUCAACAUAGGGAAAUAGUCAGAGAUCUAAGGGCAGUGGGGAGAGGGAGUCAGGUCAGUAACAAGCAUUUAUUAAAUACCAAUCUGUGUACCAGAUAUUUUGCUAAGCACUGGGAAUACAAAGAAAGACAAAAAAGACAGUCCGAACCUCCCAAAACUUGCAGUCUAUUAGAGGAGACAGCAUGUAAUCAAUUAGGCAGAAAGAAGUUAUAUACAAAGUGGAUAAAAUUUACUUUGAGAAGGGAAAGCAUUAGUAGCUGGGGAGACCUAGAAAGUUUUCCUAGAGUAGAUGGGAUUUGAACUUUGUCUUAAAAUAAGUCAGGAAAAUUAAGAGGUGGAGAUGAAGAGGGAAAGCUGGUGAUUACAGGAAAACUGGUGCAAAGACAUGGAGACAGAAGAUGGAAUGUCAUUUUUUUUAGGAACUAUCAGUAGAUAGAUUUUAGAAUGCACAGUGAAAAGUAGGGUGUAAGAAGACAGGAAGAGGCCAGGUUGUAUAGGGCUUUAAAUACCAAAUAAAGGAGUAUGUAUUUGAUCUCAGAAGUAAUACAGUUUAUAGUUGAUCCUGAAGCUCACUGAAUGGGGGGUUGACAUGGUCAGACAUUCACUUUAGAAAAAUUAAUGAAGGAUGGAUUGUAGUAGAAGGGAGGCAGGAAGGACAAUAUGAAGGAUAUUUCAGUAGCACAGACAAAAAAAGGUGACAGUGUGAGUGAACAUAAAGGAAUGUGUACAAGCAAUGUUGUGAAAUUUGGCAAGGGCUAGGAUAUGUACAGUGAGUGAGAGUGUUGGACAAUAUGGUCCUUAGUAACUGAGGAUUGUGGUACUUAUCAAUAAUAAAGAAAGAAGUUGGAAAGAGGGAAAGGUUAGGUGUGUAAAGAAAAGAAAGAUGAUGAAUUUUGUUUUGAACAUGUUGAGUUUCAGUCUAUAAAAACAUUUGAUGAUAAAGGCGUCAUCUCCAUUUAAGUGGUAAUUGAACCCAUGUGAACUGGUGUGAUCACCAAUUAAAAUAGUAUAAAAUGAGAAGAGAUGAGGACCUUCAACAGAUUCUUAAACAUGGUUAAUGGGCGUGCCUGGUGGCUGCUAGUGGUGAUGAUAAAUAGUAUGAUCCUGGUUAUGGCUUUGUGGUACUUUAGGUUUUGGCAAUAGAGUUCCUAGGAGGAGUUCUUAUUUAGGGGUUUCUUUCAGGAAGUGGUCAAUUCAUUCUAUUUCCACUUUGCCCUCUGAUUCUAAGAGAUCUAUGCAAUUUUUUUUAAAUUUCUUGAGAUAUGAUGCUUAGGCUCAUUUUUUGGUAGUGGCAUUUAGUUAGUCCCUAGAUUAUUAAUUUUUCCCAUUCAAUCUGGUUUUUAGUCACUUUCUUUUGCUUUGAAAUGCCUUAUAUUCUUCAAUUGUUUAGUCUUUUGACUUUGUUUUAAUAUUUCUUGUUGAUUCAUGAAGUCAUUGGCUUAAUUUUGAUCUCAAAACCUCAGUUAAGGCCCAAGAUGUUAAUUUCCUUUCCAAUUCUUUCUUCCCUAAUUCUCAUUUAUUUUCUAGUAUUUUCUGUAAGUGCUUUCAUUCUGUUUAUAAAAACAGCUUAAACUUUUUAAAACUCUUGCUCUAUUUCUUCUAAGAAUUCUAGUUGAGUUUGAUCCUAAUAAUAUUUUUUUCCUAUGAAGCAUUACUUGUAGAUAUCUUAGAGAUAUUCUUUUCCUCUUUCUUUGUGUCUUGAGCAUCCCUGCCACCAUAUAUUGGAAUUCCAUUACAAUGGAAUUUUUGUUUGUUUGUUUUCCAAUUCUUCCAGACUUACUUCCUGAUUUUGAAUUUGUUGUUAGGGCUGAGAUCUACCAUACUUCUGGAAAGAAGAUCUGGGCAAGAUCUUCCAGGAUCUUAGGUACUGUCUGGGGACCUACAAACUUUUAGUGUUCCUGAUCUUAUCCAAAGCAAAGUUCAAUUAUUGCUGCCCUGAUCUGAGCUCUAUAUGUUUCUGAUAUAGGUUUUCAUAGCAACAUCAAUAGAAUACAGCAGACCUCUGUUUCUAUCUGUCUAAACUAGUAAGUUCUGCUGAUGUAGAGCAAUAGAACUGUAGGUUCAUCUUUGGUCUGAGAUUCCUCUCUUGAGUAGUCCUCUACAGUCUGGCCUUGCUCUGCUUCUGGGGUCUGAGCCAAACCACCAUUUUUUUCUUCUGAACUUGCCCCCUUCUUGGUACUCUGCCCAUGGUCUGUGGUCAGAUCCCCCUCACAGUCUCCCCUAGAUCUGGGAUCCAGAACUGGGUAAUGAGCAGUAAAACUAUGAGCAAUAAAGCUGAUAGUUUUUAAUAGAAGACCAUUCUAACAAGGAGGAAAAGAUGAGGAGAGCUGGCAUCCACUUGAAUUGCUUUCUCAUUUGUAUCAAAGAGUGAUGGAACAUACUGUUUGGAGUAGAACUACAUUUAACUCAACAUAGAAACAGGAGGGAACAAGGAGAAUAGUGGAAUAAAAAGGGAAUCAAGGAAAGAUUAGUUGAAGGAAAAUUAACUCCUAGUUUGGAUUGUAUAUCAUGUCAAAGAGUAUAAAAGGCAAAAAAGGGGGGGGGGGGUAGGAUGGGGUAAGGACCUAUGAUUGGCAUCUGAGUGAAAAGAAGAGAAAAGGGUCAAAGGAGUGGAAGCAGAUCUAAUCAAGCAUAGAGUACUGGUGCCUAGUAUACUAGUUCUCUUUCAUCACCUUUUUAAAAAGGAGGAAAAUAUAAAAGAAUAGGAUAAAUCAUAACUGUGAAGGUAAAUAGGAUCCUCAUCCAUAAAACAGAAGAGAAAAUAGCAGAAUGGAUUAGAAAACAGAAUCCAAAGAUUUGCUGUUUACAAAAAAAAAUACUUAAAACAGAUUCAUCAAAAUACGGGGAUAAAGAAAAAUCUGUUAUGCUUCAGCUGAACUCAGAAAAGCAAAAAUAACUAUCAUGACUUCUAGACUAGGCAACAUAAAAAGCAGACUUGAUUAAAGGGAUAAACAGGAGAAAUACAUUAUUCUAAAAGUACCAUAGACAAUGAAUAUGUGUGUGUACAUGCACCAAAUGGAGUAGCAUCUAAAUACUAAAAGACAGUUAUUGGAAGAAAUAGGCAGUAAAAUUGUGAUAUUAGGAGAAUUUCCAUGUACCCUUUUAAGACCUAGACAAAACUAAUAAAAAUGCAGAAGAAUAAAGUUAAGGAACUAAUUUUAGAAAAAUUAGAUAUAGAUUUCUGGCAAUUACUAAAGAAAAAAUAUUAUAUAUCAUACAUAGAUAGCAAGCAGUUGAUUUUUUUAAAACCCUAAACUUCCAUCUUAGAAUCAAUAUUGUGUAUUGGUUACAAGGCAGAAUAACAAUAAGGGCUAGGAAAUUGGGGUUAAGUGACUUGUCUGGGGUCACACAAGUAGAAAGUAUCUUGUCAAAUUUUUUUUUUUUAUUUAAACCCUUACCUUCUGUCUUGGAGUCAAUACUGUGUAUUGGCUCCAAGGCAGAAGAGUGGUAAGGGCUACUACGCAAUGGGGGUUAAGUGACUUGCCCAGGGUCACACAGCUGGGAAGUGUCUGAGGCCAGAUUUGAACCUAGGACCUCCCAUCUCUAGGCCUGGCUCUCAAUUCACUGAGCUACCCAGCUGCCCCCCCCCCCUUGUCAAAUUUAAACCCAGAACCUUCCAUCUCUAGGCCUGGCUCUCAAACCACUGAGAAACUUAGCUGCCCCCCACCAAGCAGGCAGUUAUUAAAUAGAAAUACUAAAGUGUAAACAUAUUUCUUAGAAAUUCAGAAUACAUUUUCAGAAAUUGACAAUUGGGGCAUAGAAAUCUAGUAAACAAAUAGAGAAAAUCAGAAAUAUUAAAUAUCCUUUACUAACCACAAUGCAAUAAAAUUAUAGAAAGGAGAUUAGUAGGAAGGAUUCAAACUUAAUUGGAUACUAAAUAACUAUAUUUUAAUGAACUGGUGGGUCAUAUAACAAGUCAUAAAAACAAUACAUGAUUUCAUCGAAGAAAAUGACAACAAAUGAAACAAUAUGCCAUUGGGAAUUAGCCAAAGUAGUAAUUAAAUGAUAGUAAAUUCUUUUUAGGCACAUUUGUCAACAAAAGAGAGAAAUAACAAAUUAUUUAAUUGGGCAACCAAUUAAAAUAAAAUCCUUUAAACAACAAAUUUAAGACACAAUUAAACAUCAAAAUGAAAAUGCAUGAAGCAAUAAGAGAUUAAUAAAAUUGAAGGCAAAAAACCCAAAUAUAAAUAAGACUAGGUUUUUUGGAAGGAGUAGGAACUAAUAAAUAGAAAAAGCCAUUGACUAAAUUAUUUUUAAAAUGCAGUACAUUACUAAUAUCAAUGACAGAAAGGAGAAUGCAAGGAAAAUUAUUACAAACUCUUUUGCCUAAUGAAUACCUAUUUAAGCUAAUGAAACUGGCAAUGUAAAUGAAAUGAAUGAAUAUAAAAUGUUCAUAUUAACAGAACGAGAAAGAAAAUUUUAAAUUACCUCUAACUCAGAAAAAUGAAUAGAAAGAGUUGUAAAUAAAACUAGAAACUUUUUGGGGAGGGACUAAUAAACAGCUAAUCUUUUUUUAAUAGGAAAAUAAAAUUUAAAAUAAAUAUAAUAUAUUUAUCCGUUUAAGAGGAAAUAAAGGAAAUCAUCAGAAGCCAUUUAGCCCAAUUAUAUGCUAACAAACAUUGUAAAAACAAACAUCUUUGAAAGAUUUAACUGAUCAGUGCUGUGAUUCUAAAGGUCUGAUGAUGAAGCACACCUGAUAGAGGUGAUAAGCUGAAGAUGCAGAAUGAAACAUACAUUUUUGGGGCUGUGGGGAUUUGUUUUGCUGGCUUAUGCAUAUUUGUUAGUAGGGUUUUAUUUUACUUUUGGGGUGGGGAGGAAAGGAGGGAAAAUAAGUAUUUGUUAUUUUUUUAAUGAAAUAGAAGUUCAAAAAUUAAUUUAGAAUAUUUGUGUGUUAGGAUGAGGGGAGGUUUUUUAGUAUGAGAGUUCAGCAAGCACUUCAUCAAUCACUAAGCAUUUAAGUACUUCUUAAAUGCCAAUCAUUGUGUUAGACCUGAAGAUAAGAGUAGAGGUUUGCAAAUUAUGGUCCAUGGACCCUAGCUUGCUGAUCUUUUUGUAUGGCUCAAGAGCAAAGCAUGGUUUUUACAUUUUUAAAUGGUUGAAAAUUUUGAAAGAAAAUAUUGUGAUGUGAAAAUAAUAUUAAAUUUAAAUUUCAGUGUAGAAUAUUAAAGCUGUAUUGGAAUACUAAUUAGUUUAUGGAUUGUCUAUGUCUGCUUUUGUACUAUAAUGGCAGAACUGAUUGAUUGCAACAGAGACCAUACUCUCAUCACUUGACACUAUCAUUCAGCACACUACAGAUUUCAGUAAGUGUUGACAGCAUUUCAAGUACUAUGCAUAUCACUAUAUUGUGAUUUUUUUUUUACCAGUGCAUACCCAUCAUGUCAAAAGAAGAAAAGUAGAGAAAAAAGUUUUAUCAUGCUAUCUUAAAAGCUAAGGCCUUGAGAUUUUUCUGGAGGAAUAUUUAACUCUAAAUGGCUUUGGAAAUUAGCUCUUGCUUUCAACUUGGUAAUGUUUCUUAAUUAAUUCAACCUAAAAUCCCAACUUAUAUGAAAACAUUUACUAUAGUAAAGCCAAUUCUAUGCUAACUAAUGUUUAAAUUACAAAUAAUGUUACACUUCCCUUGUCAAAAGUUAAAACAAGAAGCAAAAUCUCUAUUCCUAUAAAAUGUUUUCAAAGGAUAUAUUUUUGGAGAUCAGAGUAUAGUUCCAGCACCAUCUUUUGGAUCUCAAUGAAAGUGCAAAAGACAUUUCCAUAUUCCAAAAUCCAUUUAAUUGUGCUUUUGAGAAAUCCUGCCUUAUUUUCAAUUGAAAGUGAAUGUUAGAAAAGAAUCUGAAAAUUCCAUAAAUGCCUUCUAUGUGAUAAACAUGCACAAUUAAGAUCAUAUGGAUUGGGGAGAAGCUGGGUUGCUCAGUGGAUUGAGAGCCAGGCCCAGAGAGGGUAGGUCCUGGGUUCAAAUAUGACCCCAGACACUUUCUAGCUGUGUGACCUUGGGCAAAUCACUUAACCCCCAUUGCCUAGCCCUUACCACUCUUCUGCUUUGGAACCAAUACCCAGUAUUGAUUCCAAGAUGGAAGGUAAGGGUUUAAAAAAAAAAAAAAGAUCAUAUGGAUUGAUAUCAGUAUUUGGUACUACCUAUUUGUGUAAAAAUAUCAAAUACAUUAAAACCUUUACAGAUCAGCAUUAGCAGAUGAACAUUUGCAGUUGAUUUUGAUGAUAGAUAACAGAAAAUUUGAAUCUCAACUGAGCAAAAUUUAUCCUCCUUCAAAAAAAAUUAUUUUCAUUGGUAGGCUUGUUAUAAAGAAUUGUACUAAAUAAUUUCAAUUUUGUUAAUUAAAAAUUCAUUUUCUCUCUUGUUAUAUAAGUACCUACAUAAUGUCCUCAAUUUUGCCUUUUGGUGGAAAAAUUUACAAUUUACAUUUGGUCCUUUACAAAAAAAAAAAAUUGCCAGCCCUUGGUCUAGAGAGGAAAGAUAGCAUGUAUAUAACUAGGUACAUAAAAAAUAAAAUAUAAGAUUAUUGGGGAGGGCACAAGAGGAAGUUGGGAAAGAUUUCAUAUUGAAAGUGGCAUUUGAUCUGAGCCUUGACAGAAGUCAGAGAUUCUAAGAGAUAAAGAGAGAAGAGAAUACAUUCUAGUAUGAGGGACAACCAGAGUCAAGGUACAGAAACAUCAGGUGGAGUGUUGUGGAACAGUAAGAAGGCAACUUUGUCUGCACUAUAGUAUUAAUGAAAAGAAGUCAUUUAUAGUAAGACUGAAAAAGUGACAUGCAGACAGUUUAUGAAGACUUUAAAUGCCGAUAGAGGAAUCUACAUUUAAUGAUGGAGAUAAUUAAAAGCCAUUGGAGUUUAUUAAGGAGAGGAAUGAGAUAGCUAGAACUGUGCUUUAGGAAAAUCCAUCUAUGGAGGAUGGGUUGUUGUAUGGCAGAGAAGAGAAAAUUUUCCAGGUAGACUUUGGAGAAAUUUUAAUAGGAGAAAUUUAAUUUUGAAAAUUUCUUCCAGUGCUUUUAUUUAAUAUUAAUUCUAAAGGAUGAGAGGCUGGUUCAUAGGAACAUGCUAAGACCUGGGUUUGAAUUCUGCCUCUGCCAAUUACUACCAAUGUGACUAUGGGCAAAUCAUUCAACUUCUCCACUCUCGAUUCCUUACUUAUAAAAUGAGUGGAAUAUUCUAGAGAUAACUCUACUACUAACAACAGUUCACAUAAACUUCCUUGACCUUAGUUUUUUCAUCUUAAAAUGAGAGAGACUAGAUUAUGAAGAUUCUAACCAACUCUAUGAUUCUCUUAAAUUUUUGUACUUAUUCAAGUACACAUCACAUAUAGGAACUAAUAAAAUAACUUAUUUGCUACCUCACCUCAGUAUUUAUUUGCUAAAUUUCCCAAUUCAUUUUCCUAUUACUUGUUUCAAGGAAGUGAAUCAACAUGAGACAAACAUUUGUGGGAGAAAUGAACAGACAAUGGGAUGAAAAAGAAUAAAUAAUGAGGGGAGGAGGGUUGAAAGUCUGUUGGAACAUAAAAGUUCAGAUACUAGCAGCAACAGUAUUGUUCUUGUAUAGUUUUAAUAAGCUGCUGUUUUUUUUUUCUUCUGAUAGAAAUCUGCCAUCAUGUUUUAUGAAGAAGUUGAUUCUUCCAUUUCUUUACAUUUUUUAACUUUCUCAUUGAUUUUAUGCUUGUAAAUUAAGAUAAGGAGGAGUUAUGAAGAAAACAAGGAGGUAGCUUUUUCUGAGCAUAUUUUUUGCAGAAAAAUGUUAAAUAUAUAAUUAACAGAACUUCCUAACUUUUUUAAAUGAACAGGCUUAAAAGUAGAGCUUUAUUUAGACCAUCAUUACCUCUUGUCUGAAUAAUUGCAAUAUCCCCGAUUGAUCUCUUCUCUUUCCAAUCCAUCUGCCAUCAAGCUGCUAAACUGCUAAUCCUAAAGUACUGAUCAUGUCAUUCUCCUGCUCCUGAAAUUUCAACAGUGGUUUCUUAUUGAUUCCAAAAUAAAGAACUUACUCCCCUGUUUGGCAUUUGAAGUUCUUUACAAUCUGGCUUUAUCUUUUUCAGAUUUCAUACUACUCACUUCAUGCAUUUCAUUUCAGUCACAUAUUCUUUGUUUCUACUCUACUUACUUUUCCUCUUCCAUUACAUCCAGCUCCUUACAGGCUAUACUACAUCUCUUGAAUGAACUCCUUCCUCCACUCUAUCACAGAAUUCCAAGCUUCCUUCAGUUCAAAUAUCAUUUCCUACAAAAGAAUUUUUCUGAUUCUCUCUCUGUUCUUUCAGUGCCCUCAAAAUUUUUUUUUGUUUUUACCUAUAUAUGUUUAUUUUAUCUCUCUUCCCUUCCUCCCAGUAAUAUAUAAGCUCAUUAAGAGUAGUAACUUUUUCAUUUUAUGUUUCUGUCUCCAGCACUUAGAAUAGUGCCUUACACAUAGUAGACAGUUAAUAAUACCUCCAGUACUUCUCAGUGAGUUCAUAGAGAUGAAAAAGUAGGUAUGGGUCAAUAGACACCAAUUGUUCUUGAUAUUACCAUCUGUACUUUUUACUGACAAUUACUGAUAUGACUAGUUUUUCUUCCCUUCUUUCAUCAUCACCUCUUUUCAAGGAUAAUUUGCUUCCUAAAUGCUGACAAAAUCACAUUGCCUCCAGCACAUUUCUUUUGUGUUUACUUUUAUUGGUUUCAACCACUUUUCCUAACAUCAUUUUCUAAGUGCCAUUUUGACUUCUUUAUGGAGCACAUUAGAGACAAAUGUUAAGAGCCUGAAUAAGGUGACUUCAUUGCCAUGACAGAAGUAUAGAAACAAUGAAAGAUUUGUUCCAUUUUCAUUUAUUUGUUGAUCUCAAUUUCACCUGUAAAUACUUUGGGGAUAUGUUGAUUUUAGUUGACCAGAAUGCCAAGUUUUUUGCAUACUUUUUCAUCUCCAUUGAGAUUUGUUGUUUUUUAAGGUCCACCACCUUUCUCCAUAAUAUUUUGCAAAUAAGUUUAUAUCAUAAACUAGAAGUGUCCUUUUGGAUACUGUGUCUCCCUAAUUAUGAAAGACAGUAAAUGUUUUGCUAUUGAUGGAGUUUCUGAGAUAUUUUUUAGCCUUCUUUUUGGAUAGUUGCUUUACCAAAUAACUUUCAAUAGGAAAGCUACAGGUAGAUAUCUUUUCUUGAUUGUCUUGCCCAUUUAGGACAUCAGUAGUGUGUCUGAAUAGGCAAGUUUGAAUCUUUUGUAAUUUCACACAGAGUUAACUUCCCAUUUUUUAUUCUAGUUUGUUGUUGAUUUUGACCUUUACUUUAACUAGUAUGGUCGAACCACAUACAACUAAUUCUGAUGUACCCCGCCCCCCCCAAUAAGUAAUCAGUUACCUAUCAAUUUCACUUUUUUGUGUGAUAUUUUUGAAAUAUUAAUAAAACUUAUUAUGUGGUUCUUUUCUGUAACAUUGACAUAUUUAUAGAAAAAAUGGUUUAUGAACCAUAGAACAACUAAAGCUACAACUAUAAUACUACACCCGUCAGAAUUGUGAAUGGUUCAAUCAUGAUAGUACAACUAAGAUAAUUCCUCAUUUACUGCCAUUAACAAAUUCCAAGAAAUGUGAAACUAUAUUUUCCUUUUUUUCAUAUAUGUAUUAUAAUAAGAAUAUUAUCUUUUUUGUUGGAUUGUAAAAUCUUUGAAAGCAAGGUUCAUACCUUAUUUUUUACUCCCACAACAAAUAGUCAAAUGCACUGCAUAUGGUAAAUACUCAGUAAACAUUGAAUAAAUGAACUGAUUUAUCUGGGCAUAAGUCUAAAUCACCUAGAAAUAAUCUUUUACCUUGAUAUGAGUGAGAUGCAGUUCAGUUCAUUUAACUUCAAGUUGUUAAUAUGCAAGAUUUCUAUAGUACAAAAUCAGUUCUCUAGUUUUCUGUUUUAAACUAUAAGCAAAGGUUACAACCUUUUUUUGUAUUAAAUUUUAUUUUAUUUUCCCUCAAUUAUAUGUAAAAAGUUUCCAAAACUUUUCAAAGAAUAUUGAGUCUUGAAUUUUCUCCCCUCUACCCCCUAUCCCCAUUGAGGUAGUAAGCAAUCUCAUAGAUUUUACAUGUGCAAUCAUACAAAACAUUUUCCCAUAUUAGUCCUUUUGUGGAAGCAAAUACAAAUAAAAUAAAAUGAAGAAACUGAAAAAAGUUUGCUUUGGUCUGGAUUCAUAUUCAGUUCUUUUUCUCUGGAAGCAGAUGGUACUUUUUAUCAUGAGUCCUUUGCUGAGGCAGCUAGGUGGCUCAGUAGAUUAAGAAUCAGACCCAGAGACAGAAGAAGGUCCUAGGUUCAAAUCUGGCCUUAGGCACUUCCUAGCUUUGUGACCCUGGACAAGUCACUUGACCCCCUUUGCCUAGCCCUUACCACUCUUCUGCCUUAGAAUCAAUACACAGUAUUGAUUCAAAGAUGGAAGUUAAGGUUUAAAAAAAAAAUUAAUCCUUUGGGAUAUUUUUUGAUCACUGCAUUGCUGAGAAUAGCUGUUAUUCACAGUUGUUCAUUGUACAGUAGUAUUCUUGCCACUGUGUACAAUGUUCUCCAGGUUCUGCUUACUUCAUUCAGCUUCAGUUUGUGUAAGGCUUUCUGGGUUUUAUAGCACAAUACUAUUCCAUUACAACAAUAUACUAUAACUUACUUAGCCAUUCCCCAGUUGAUGGAUAUACCCUCAAUCUUUGUCCUCCCCCCCCCAAAAAUCUGAUUUAAAUAUUUUUAUACACAUAGAUCUUUCCCCUUUUGGGAUUUAUUUUAUCUCUUUGUCAUACAAACCUAGUAAUGGUAUUGCUAGAGAUCAAAAGGCAUGUGCUAUUUUAUAGACUUUUCGGCAUAGGUCCAAAUUGCUCUUCAGAUCAAUCUAAUCAAUUCACAACUUCUUCAAUAGUGCAUUCAUGUCUCAACUUUUCCAUAUUCCCUCCAAGUGUUGUCAUUUUCUUUUUCUUUUAUAACAGUCAAACUGAUGUGUGUGAGGUGGUUUUUCAGAGUUGUUUUAAUUUGCAUUUCUCUAAAUAAUAGUGAUGUAGAGCAUUUUUUGCAAGACUAUAGAGAGCUUUACUUUCUAUGAGAACUGCCUGUUUAUAUCCUUUGACCAUAUGUCAAUUGGGGAAUAACUUAUAUUCUUAUAUAUUUAACUUAUUUCUCUUUGUAUUUGAAAAAUGAGGUAGAGAAACUUGUAAAAAAAUUGUACAUUCUGAUUACUGUGUAUUACUUUCUAUCCUAUUUCCCCCAGCUUAGUUUCUGACUUCUACCUCCCCCAGUUUGCCCUCUUUUCUAUCAGUCCCACCCCCCUUCUCUAAUCCCCUUCCCCUCCUACUUUACUAUAAAGUAAGAUAGCUUUCAAUACCCAAUUAAUUGUGUAUGUUUUUCACUCAUUGAGCCAAUUCUGAAGAGGGUAAAUAUUUUCAUUCCUCUUUAAUGUGUGGUAAUUUACCACAUUUUAUUUUUCCUUUCUCCUCCCAAAGCAUUCUUCUUUCUGAUGCCUUCAUUUUAUUUUUUUAGUAUCAUCUCAUUGUAUAUUCAUCUCACAUCCUUGCUCUCUGCCUUUGUAUACUACUUCUAAGUGUCCUAAUAAUGAUAAAGUUCUUUGUAGUUACAAGGAUCAUCCCCCCAUGUAGGAGGAAUAUUCAACCUUAUUGAAUGUCUUUUGAGUUCUCUUCCCUAUUUACCUUUUUAUGAUCCUCUUGAGUCUUGUAUUUGAGAGUCAAAUUUUCCAUUCAGCUCUGGUCUUUCCAUUAGAGAUGUUUGAAAGUCCUCUAUUUCAUUGAAUACUCAUUUUUCCCCUGACGGAUUCUACUCAGUUUUGGUGGGGAAGUGAUUCCUGGUUAAAGUCCUAUCUCCUUUGCCCUCUGGAAUAUACUCUUUCAUGUCCUCUGGUCCUUUAAUGUAGGAGCUACUAAGACUUCUUUCUGUUAUCCUGACUCUGGCUCCAUAAUAUUUGAAUUGUUUCUUUUUUGCUAUUUGUGCUAUUUUCUCCUUGACCUGUGUAAGAUUUAAAUUAAUAUCCAAUAGCUCCAAGUGUUAUAAUUUAUAAAGUUUAUUAAUAAUCCCUUGAAGUAGAAAGACUAUAAACUUAAAGAAAUAAAAGUUCAAACCUAAUUGUCUGACAAAAAUAAGACCACAUGAGCAAGUUCUCUUGCCUAACCAAAGCCUACUUCUGUAGCUGCGAUCAAGGGAAAAGAGCAAGAGGGGUGAAGCUACACAAAACUUAUCCUCCCUACAUUAGCACAUCACAUGAGAAGGAACAUGGAAUUCUGGGAGAGAGUCCUGGGGAGGAGAUUCUAAUUACACAAUUCCCCCUGUGAUUCCAAUGGAAAACAAGCAUGUAGAAAUCUCCCAGUUUUAUAUGCCUAUUUUCCCCAUGGAAACCAGUACACAUAACUAAGUUAUAUCUCUAAAGAUCUUCAACUAGAAGUACAUAUCAUAUUGCACUUUUUAAGGGGAAAUUACAGUAAUUUGGGGAUUGUAAAUGAAGAUUUUGAAAAGUGACAAAUGCAUUUGCAAAAAGAAAAGGAGCUCAGAACUUUGUGAAAUACCAAUCAACUGAGAUAGGGAGGCAGAUCCAUGGAAUCUUGGGGCAAAGCAGUUAAGCAGCUUGAACUGGCUGAAAGGGAUUCCUUCUCUGGCUAUUGAACCAGAAGGUGGAAGAUAGACUCUGUCUCUAGCAUUUGCCUUAUCCAUAAGACUGUGUGAUAAAAAGACUUUUGGGGUUUUAGCCCAGAAGAAACCUGUCAGCAUUGCUGUCAAUAUCUCCCCUUAGGGAAAGAUAAGUUUGUUUCCUGAAUUUGACUAUAUCUUGAAAUCUUCAAUCAACUGGAUAACUUAAAAAAUUUAGGGAGACCUAUUUCCUCUCCCCUCUCCCCUCUCCCCUCCUCUACCCAAAGAAUAAAAGACCUUUUAGUUGAAGGAUUUGAUUGUGGGAUUUGGUUAUUAAGGGAAAUCUUCAAGCUUAACUUCAAUGAAGGACAAUAUUUCUAAGACAGUUGAAAGGGAAUAGGAAGUAGUGUAGGGGGAGGGGCUCAAGAUCCAGUCUUUUCCCUGAUUUGCUUCCUGAUGUUACAUCUCUGAUAUUUCCCCAAUACCAUAAUUCCCCUAGUAUCAAUAUCUACUACAGGAUAAAAGGGAAAUAAAAGAGAGGACAAGGCUAAUGAUUGCUAGCUGCAUUGACAAAAAAAAAUGGGGGGAAGUCCCCUUUGGCAUAAGUGUUUACAUUCAAAAUAAAUGCUUUCAACCCUCCACCGUCCAAUUUCAUUACAUCCCAAAGUUCAGUCUGGAUCUUUUGGUGGAGUGUGAGGUUUCUGCAGGGUUCUUUAUGGCACCUUCUCUAAAAAGUUCAUUUCCUUGAUUUGGGGAGGUAGCAAGUUUCUUAUCCUAAAAUUACUCUCAAACAAAAAAUUUUAUAAAUCUAGAAUUUUAUGACAAUUCUCCAACACCCCCCCCCCCCCGGAGGAGAUAUGUGAAUCAAUUGUUAAGUGGAAGUCAAAAACAUAUUUUUAAAAAUUAGAACAAAAGGAAAAAAAUCAAAAUUAAAUAGUAUAUAAAAAUUUUGAGUAAGCAAGAAUAAGCCCAAAACAGGUCCUUGAAUCAGGGGUCAAUGAAGUGAUUUAUGUCUCACAAGCUUGUAGGACCAUUGCAACAAUAUGCACUUACCUAAUCAGCAUCCAGGACUACUGAAAAUUACCACACUAUGAAAGAGAAAAGGGACUAAAUUUUGUAGAAGAUCGGAAAUAGCAUUCUCUGGUCUGAUUUUACCUUUGCUCUCAAGGAUGGGGGAGCCAAAAUGGCAGCUAAACUGAGGUACUUUGUCUGAAUCUGGCACAGGGAGAGCCUGUGUCUGACAUUGUCAAAGUCACUUCCUUGAACUCCAAAACAAGUCCUCUGACUUGGCGUAGAAUCUUAUCAAUCCCAACCAGGAUUGGUUGGUCUCUUUGACUUUGUGCUCCUUAGCACUGUAUAGUGGCUUUUUUGUGAUCCCUUUUCCUGGAGUCAGACACAAUUAUUAAUCAAAGUCCCAUAAUCAAUAGUAGUUUUCCAUACUCUAAAGCUUUUGGGUAUACAUUAAUAUUAGGGCUAAUAGAUAUUGUAAACUUAUAUUAGUGCCAAAUCAAAAAACCAUUAAUACUAAUAACAUGUGCUUCAAGUACAAAAAUGAGAGAAAAAAUAAAACUCAAAUACUCUAUUGUACAUAUAAGGAAAAAUAAUAAUAAUUUUUAAAUUAAAAAUAUAUAGUUCAUAUUCCCUGAAACAUUGUUAGCAAAGCAGAGGUGCAACACAAAAGUUUCUUAACCCCAAAAUGAGAUCUAUGUUCCAUUUUAACUUGACCACAAUCCACAGUGUGAGUGCAAAUGAUUUUCACCAACUAAUGACUUUAUAAAACAGUAGUACAGCAGCUAAUGCACAUUCAAGAAAUAACAAAAUUCCCCAAAUCUCAAGAGCCCAUUUAAUGACAAUAGCAAACAAACCAUCUAUGAUUGGGAUUCAUUAGUCACCGUGUGACAUUUAAAAUUAAAAAAAAAACACCUUUGAAGCUCAUGGAUACUUGUCACAAGUUCUCUAGAUCUAGCUAAUCUUUCAACCUUGGCUGAGAUAUUUUUAACAAAGUCUAUUAUUGCCAUCAUUCCAAAAUGUGGCAGGAGAGCCCAAAAAAAACCUCUGUACUUCUGAUGAAAACCUUUUGGGUCUAAAAUGUCCCCAAGAAUCUAGAUCAUUCUGGUGGAAGGGUAGAGUAAGGUGAAGUGUAUAAAAACCAUCUAGAAGCCACUAGACUCUAUGGGAAAUGCUCCCUCUUGGGAGUCAUCUAGAGGUUACCUCUAGGAAAACCUUCCCACCUCUUGUAUGAGACUGUAAGAGCUGUAAAAGGCAUGUCUUUAUAUUUCUCAUCCAUUGCAUUCUUAUAAAUGUGGAGGUGGGGAAUACAAUUGUGCUAUUGCACCUAACUUCAACUACUAAAUGAACCCUUCUGUUGUUACAAAUAACUCAAAGGUAGGCAAAUGAUUAGUCAGAGGUAGUGGUGCUCCUAGAUACUUGAAAAUCAUUUCUAAAGGCCCCUUAAAAUGAAUUUGAAAUUUUUAGGUCAUACAGGCUGUAACCAAUUUGAUGGAGUCCAUCCAUCAUCAUCUAUAUGACAAUUAACAAAGGCAAAAAGGAACAAAAGGCUGUUAAGGCAAUAUGUGACAAAACAAACCCAGCAUCUAUAAGGACCUAUUGUUUUGUCAUGGAAAGGUAUUUGUCAGAGUUGUUUAUGGGCUUUUACAGUGGUAUUUUCUCCAGUCCAGGCAUAUGGGGAGGUAUAAAUAAAGACAAGGUAAUAGCACAUAUAGCUAAUGGCCAACACAGUAGGUGAAAAUCACAUAGUGAAAUGCAACAUUAUAGAUUAUAUUACUAUGUGAACUUAAAACUGUAGCAGUUAAAAUUAGUUUCUCUGCUAGAAGUAUUAUAUUUUAUGAGGUUUAUUAAAGAUUAAGAAUUUAAGAAAGUACAAGUAAGAAAGCACGUGCCUAGGAGGGCCAAGAGGCCCAUUCAAUUUCACUUACAUCAUGAGAGAUGCGUCUGCUUGGAAGCGGAAGUAGGAAGAGAGCUCAGUAGGCUUUUACAGCCAGUUAAAUAGAAAUUUUGAUCUCUCCUAGGUGAGGAUCUCAGCAAGAUUAAAGGGUAUCCUGGGAACUAGAGCAAGGACUUAUGGGGAUUGAAGUCUGGGGUUCAAAUAUCCAUUUUUACAAAACCAAAAUUAAAUCUAAAGCAAACAAUCAGUAAAUACAAUAUAUGUGACAGGAUAUAAGCAUUGAAUUCAAGAGUCCUUUUCUCCAAUUCUGAUAGCUGCAUUACAGAGACUUCUUUACUUUUUAGAGGGGAACAGACUGAAACAGUUAACAUCAAUAAAACAAUGGAGUCUGAAAAGGCUUUAAAAUUCACCUCUGGACUCUAAAGUUCCUUCCCCUCCUGAGUAUCAUCAUCCAUCUAGAUUCCUUUGGUCAUACUACUGGGGUUCCCAUAUCCACACUUGGCAUAAUGUGUAUGAACCCCAUAUUGGAUGUGUUGCAGAGACUGGGCAGGCCAAUAUGGCAAGGUGGUGUAGGGAGAUGAAUAUCCCCUCUGAACCUGGAAAUUACUCAAGCUAUCAACAAAGACAAGUGCACCCAAGAACGGAAUUUUAUGAACAUACUAAAACGCUUUGGCAAGAUGAAGGUGUGAAAGCCUGCUACGAGAGAUCUAAUGAAUAUCAGUUGAUUGAUUGUGCUCAGUACUUUCUAGACAAGAUUGAUGUAGUCAAACAAAAUGAAUAUACACCAUCUGACCAAGAUCUUCUCAGAUGCAGAGUAUUGACAUCAGGGAUUUUUGAAACCAAAUUUCAAGUGGAUAAAGUAAAUUUUCACAUGUUUGAUGUCGGAGGACAACGAGAUGAACGUAGAAAAUGGAUCCAGUGUUUUAAUGACGUGACUGCUAUCAUAUUUGUGGUGGCCAGCAGUAGCUACAACAUGGUUAUUCGAGAGGACAAUCAGACCAAUCGGCUUCAAGAAGCGCUAAAUCUGUUCAAGAGUAUCUGGAACAACAGGUGGCUACGGACCAUUUCAGUAAUUCUAUUCCUGAAUAAACAGGAUUUAUUAGCAGAGAAAGUUUUGGCAGGGAAAUCUAAAAUUGAGGACUACUUUCCAGAAUUUGCUCGCUACACCACACCAGAUGAUGCAACACCUGAACCUGGUGAGGAUCCCAGAGUUACAAGGGCCAAGUAUUUUAUUAGGGAUGAAUUUCUUAGAAUCAGCACAGCAAGUGGAGAUGGAAGGCACUACUGCUAUCCCCACUUCACAUGUGCAGUGGAUACAGAAAACAUCAGAAGGGUUUUCAAUGACUGUCGGGACAUUAUUCAACGGAUGCACCUUCGUCAAUAUGAGUUAUUGUGAUGGAGAGCACUUUUUCCUGUGUUUUGGACUCCUUAAUGCUCAUGUUAAAACAAAACACAAAAAAAAUAUUUGCCCACAUAGGGUAGAAGAGAAUUGAUGCAGUCUCCCUCCAAUUUGCACCCUCGCCUUUUUUCCUUGCUGGACAAUAGCAGACUUUUAGCUUGCUUCUGUCUCCCUUGGACAGUUUUAAAAUGGCCAGCCAAAUAGGCUAUUUCCACCUGGGUUCCCUAACAUUAUUACCGGCAACAGAAUCAAAUAACAAAUAAAGCCUUGAAUGUGUGAAGCACCAUGAAGGAUUGGGGAAUAAUAAAAGUUAACACACACGCAUGCAUACAUUCAUACAUACACACAUGCAUACAUACACACAUGUACACACAUGGAGCGAGAAAUAUUUGGUAAUAUAACACCAUUAUGGGCAAACUCAUAUUACCCAUGAUUUCAACUUUUUAUCCAUUCACUGCAUCAGAUGAGAGAAGGUGCCAAGUUACAGAUCAAGUGUGAAGAAAGACACCCAAAUUUGGUUUGGUUCUCUGACUGUAAUGUGGCUUUGAACGGAAAUACUGACAAUUCUACAGCAGACUUAGUGCAAAAACUUACUGCUACCUUUCAAAAGGGUAUUUUUAAAUCCAGCUUUGUUGGUCUUGGGACAACCUUGGACUUUAUUAUUUGAACUGCAUACAGCCUGUGAUUGCAGAGAGCUCACCACACACUGUUUUCAGUUUGUCCACUCAUGAUCCUGUCUGCUAUAUAUAAAAAAAAUCAUUAACUGGACAGUUGUCCUCACAGGUUUUUUUUUCUCCCCUUCUUCUUUCUCCUCCCCCCUUUUUUUAUUUUACUGCUGGAUUAUUAUUCUUGUACAGACUGUAAAAUGUAUUAUUUUGUACAACUUUACUGAAAAAAAAAAACUUGUAGAAGAUCUUUGUGCCUUGAUUAUGGCUGUACCUGUAAAAUGAGCUAAGAUGUAAGUAUGUUUGAUUGCGCUGUACAGCUUUGUCAACCCUAUCUGCAGCAUUAGCUCAUGGUAGGGAAAUUUAUCUGUAGUUUAGUUUUUCUGGUUUAUAAAAGAAGGAAAAAUACUGUUUAGUUUUUAAAAAAAGUACAAAUUGUGCAAACUUAACCACUUUAAAAGUGAGGUCUUCAACAAGUGACCAGAUGUCGCAGCAUCAUGCUUUUUAAUUUUAGCUUUAACUCAUUUAAAUCUCUAUCCAAAUGCAAAACAUGGCUUGUUUCUACAUAAACCAAAUUUUGCUACAAAUUAUAAAUGUUAGUCUUUGGUCAUUCAUAGUCCUUUUUGCAAAAACAAAAAGAAGAAACACAUAGGCAUUGUGCAGGUCUGGUGACCCUCUGUAGACUGGACAGAAUCCCCACCAACCUCCACUAGACUGAGUGGGCAAAAUACUAUAAAAAUGACAAGGUGUACACAGCCCUUGUAUUUGGCCACUGAAUUCCAGUUGCAAAUGACAUUUUUAUUUCUCUUUUAAUAAAGAGAUACCUUAGAAAUGUUUGUUUUUAUAUAAACUAUAUAAGUAGCUUAAAAGUGAAAAGAUGUGUGGAUUUUUCUUAAACUUGAAUAAUUUAUGCAAAUUAUAUGCUUAGAACAACAUGUGGUACAGUAAAAAGAAAAAAGAGCAAAAAUCACUGUAGCAAUAAGAAAGCAUGUAAUUUUAGUAACUACUACACUGCUUUAUAUUUUAUACUUAGGUGUUUUAUGUCUCUGUGAGUGUUACUUUUUCAUGUGUCUAAACCUUCGUGUACAAUCUGUACAGUCAAGAAUUACAGUUGUAAUAUCAGAUUUAGAACAGUGUUAGCCUAUAUUACUUAAAAAAAAACCCAACAACAAACCCAAAUCAAUCUGAAUUUUUAUGAAGUGAAUUGAAAAUCUGCCUCUUUAGUGACACUAGAUAUUUUCACCAGUAGUUGCUUUGGGGAAGAAAUUCAGGUUAUAUGAAAACUUAAUCCCAGUCAAUGUUAAAAGAUUAGGUUUGCAAUGGGUGCCAAUAUUGGUUUUCAGAAUCCUGUUGUUUUUAAGAAUUGUCACCAUUUAAAGUGGUAUAAUUUCUGUUGCUUUUGUUUCUAAACUUCUGUCCCAAUCCAGUACCAUGAUUAUGGAGAUUCUGGAUUUGAUAGUGUUUGUCUUGACUCCUUUUACCCAAAUAAUGAGUCUUGGAAAUCUUCAGGGCAAAGUUAAAUACUUUUGGAAAAUUGCCCCCAAACUAUGCGUGUGAUAGCUGAUGUGCUUUGAAAAUUGUUUGUGUAGUUUAUAAGUUCAAGGAAAAGCUGCUGCAUGAACCUCUAAAGUGACAGAAGAUCCUGAUUAUGGUAUUGCUGUGCACUAAAGAAUGUAUCCAGUGCCUGUAGUUUUUAAGAAUUAGGGAAACUUAAUAGGCAGAAGUGGGACAUGAGGACAUUUUUAAAAUAAGCCUUAAUUUUUGUUACCACAGCCAAAAACCUUGAAUCAUAGUGCCAAACUUUUUAAAACUUUAUUUAAGUGUUAAGGAUAUACAAAGUAUUACGGGUAUAUUCAAAUUUCCAAAAAGGCAAAAAUGGUAAUUGUAUCUAUGGCUAAUCAAAAAAUAUUAGGAAAGACUUUAUGAUUUCCCAAAUGGUUAAGGAAAGGACAUAUCAUAAAGAAAUACCCACAAUAUUGAGAUUGAAAACAAAAAAAAGAAGCCUUCAUAGGCAAAUCUUAAUGCUAAAUAAUAUAAAGUUUAUUUACAAAAUGCUUCCCCCCCCCCCAUUUUUAUGUUGAGAAAGGUGUAUUUUCCAAACAGAAGGUAUGGGUUGUAUGAUUGUAUACUGUUAGGGGUUGGGUUUUGUGUUCUUUUUGGGUUUUUGUUUUGUUUUGUUUUAAAUCUGUCAUGCAGUUCCUUGGCCUAGUAACACAAGCCUUUUAAAAGUUAACUCUUCUUUCUUUUAUAUAACCCCCCAAAAAGCGAAUCUUUAUUCUUUAGCAAUUGGGGGGGGGGCGCUUUUGUCACAAUUUUCGUGACCAUCAAUUUGCUAAUACCACAUUUGAACCAUUCCAAUCUAACACUUUCCCAUAUUUUCUUAGUUCUAGUUUUCUAUUUAUUUAUUUUUACUUUCAUAAUCAAGGAACUUUACCUUUCGGUCUCAAUCCCCUAUUUGGAAAUUUUUGACCUUACAAACAAGAGUUUCAGUGUUCAUGAUACUGAAGUGUAAGAUACCUGCAAAUGUAAACACUACCACUUUUAAUAAUAAUAAAUACAGUAUUUAUAGGGACACAUUUGCAUUGCCAUAAUUUUAAGAUUGUCAGCAUUUCCAUCAUAAAUCCUUAGGUGAUCUGUCUAUAUCUUGGCACUUAAUAUUUUUCCCCCAAGUCAAAACUUAGUUAAUACAACAUCUUGGCUCAGGAGUCAUUUGUUUUUGUUUUGUACUUUGGGAUAGGGAAUGAAUAUCAAUUUUCAACCAAAACUAUUGGUUCGGUUUUAAGUUAUACAACUGUUUUGUUUAGGGGUUGGUUUUUAAAAUAAUAACCAUAAUAAUAAUAAUAAUAACAAUAAUAAUAAUUACUGGUUCCAAGUUGCUUUUUGACACUUGUAUAACUCAAAAACGGUUUGUUCUUAGGGGGAAAAUGACACUUGGCAAACAAUUACCUAUAAAUAUGAUCUGAUCACUUUCGGGUAUUUUGUGAAAUAAUAAUAAAUGGUAGAGAUGUUGUGGUUUCAAAAUCAGCUACUGUCAUUUGCAGAAACUUAUUUCAGCCAAAAUUUCUGAGGGUCUUUUACAAUAUUAUUUUAGAUGUGUGUUAGAAAUUACAGUUCUGUGACAGACAAAUGGUUAUCUCUGCAUACUUUUCAUUAUAAGAGAAAAAGAAUUAAUGGCCCAAGAAGCAUUUUCAUUGUUGAUCCAGGGAGCUCAAACUAACAAAAACUAGCCAAAAUUUAGUCAUUAGCUCUCUCAACAGCAUAAAACAGUAAUUAUUUCUAAUAUGAUAAUUAAAAAUUAAAAUUGAAUAUAUUUUCAAAGAUUGAUGAGAAAUUUAUAGCUCACAUGUUCUGCCCAGAAUACAAAUUAAAAGCUUUAAAUAUGUUCACUAAGAUACAGUGAAUUACUGAAUUACAUGCCCAUCUCUUCAUCAUUAUAAAAGACAAAAACAUUUAAGCUGAACAUCUUUCAUGUUCACACUUAGAUAUAUAGACCCAGUUAUUAAAAUCACUAGAAAAUGAGUUUUGGAUUAAAUAUAGUAUUUGCAUUUUACAAUUUCAUAGUAUUUGACUGAAAAGAAUGUUUGUGGAUAUUCAACUGGAAAUAUUAAGAUCUUACACAUUUUGAUUUACUCUUAAUUUAAUAAUCUUAGUUCAUGUUUCUUUAGGACUUUAAAAUUCACAAAAAUAAUUUGAAGUUUAUGAUGUUAGAUUAAACAUUUUCUUUUGGACUCAAAUAACAGUAAAUUUUCAAGUUAUAUAGUCAGAUUCAUAGGCAAGUGUCAAUAUUUUUAGGAGGACUUAAAUUUUGUGUCUGAGACAAUAUUUCAAAUAAAAAUUGGCUCUUUUGACAUAUUACAUAUAAAAAAUUGAGUAUGAUAUACAGCCCAUUCAAAAGUGGUUUAAAUUUUUUGGUACUGGACUCUCCGCCUUAAUGGUGUCAAAAAUACAAUAAGUUCUUAAUACUCAGUGGUUAUCAGGUCAGAAAAUAUACUGUAAAAUGUUAUACUUUCAAAAGCACCAAGAUUAGCUUUUUAUGACUGUUAAUAAUUAUGGGUAUAUUAUGAGGUUGGUAUACUAUUAAGAGAAAAAGUAGAUUAAUAUUACAUUUAUAUAGUUUAGUGAAUCCUAGACUGCACUACAUUUUCCUUCCUUUAAAGACUAGUAUAUUAUAAUUAUUUAAGGAAAGGAGGAAAAAGCAAGAAAGACUUAAAUGAUUUUAUAGAACACUUGGGCUUUGGUUUUUUUGGUUGUUUUUUUUUAAUGUCUGUUGGUCUGUGAUAUAGCCUUAAGAUCAUUUAUAUGGUACAUCCUACAUAGUUUCUGUGGCGAUUCUGAUUUCUUUUAUUUUUUUUUUGUUUCAACAUGUUUGCUGAUUAAUUUAACUAUUAUAAAAAUAUGCUGUGUUGGGGAACUGUGGGGUUUAUACUUUAGACACUGAAGAGCCAAAUUUGUCUAAACUAAUUCUUAAGGUCAUUUGAUCACACCCAUUUUUCUUGGAUUAUUUCAUCUUAAAUGUCUAGAUUUCUAUGGAUAAUAGGUUUCAUGCAAAAUUUAAGGCAAUGGUUCUUAAGCUUUUUUUUUUAACCCCUUUGGCAAUCUGGUAAAGCCUAUGGACUCCUCACAAUUAUAUUUUUAAAUAUUUAAAAUAAAUUACUUAGAUUUUUUAAAAAAUCAAUUACAAUGAAAUACAGGCAUGGAAAAAAAUUUUUUAAAGUUCACAGACUCUAGGUUACAAAUCCCUCAUCUAAGGUUAUAAGUCAUUAAACACCAAUAUGGCUUCAAACACUUCCUAGGUGAGUGACCCUGAACAAGUCACUUAACUCCCAUUGCCUAGCCCUUAUUGCUCUUUUGCCUUAUAAGAAUACACAAUAUUGAUUUUAAGAUGGAAGGUAAGGGUUUGUUUGUUUAAGUCCUUAAGCAUUCAUAGAAGACAUCUUGAUGUAGGUGCUUUUGGUUUUCCUUUGAGGGGGAAAAAAUCUGGCAUGAAUAAAUUUACCAACAAAUAUUUUAUUAUGGGAUUUUCAGAAUGUUAUGAAAAUGAAACUGUAACAUGUAAAUUGCCAACAUGUUACAAUGUUAUUAGGGAGUUGAUGAAGGUAUUUUAAUGUUUCCUGCCUACUUUCCUACUUUUGUCAAAUGAUCCAUAGUAAAGAAACAGACCAGGUAUUAUAAAACAGGACAAGAAGAUCCAUGGAAGAGCAAAGGAAAAUUGAAAACUGCAAGUAUUCUACUCUUUGCCUGGAGAAGAGGAAAUAAUUAAUGAAGAUGGGAGGAAAGGGGGAGACUCUCUCCCCAAGGUUAGUUGUCCCUAUUCUAUAUCACUAAGUAAAAUACCCAAAGAAAAAUAGGGACAAUACAUUAAAGGUUAAAUUUCUUUAAUAUGACUAGAGGAAACAUACACAGUGCUGAAGUCAGAAAACAUUGAAGUUGAGAUUGAGUAUUCUACCUUUUGCAUUAUUCCUCCUUCAUUUAGUUCCCUAAUCAUUUGAUAGUUACCAUCAAGUUUUGUAUUUCAUUAGGGAACAAAAGUUUGCAUAAUGAUGCUACUGAAAAUUAGAAUAACCUGUCAGUGAAAGCAUUCUUCAGUGUUCUGCUCACAUAAGUAUAAUUUAAUGGUAUUUAGCAAACAUUCUGAAGAGCCAUUGUAAUCAGUAGCUACUCAUGUCUUUCCCUUUAUUUUUUCUUUACUUUCCAAUUAGUGUUGUCUGUGCUGCAGAGUUCAAGAUGACAAAAUUCAGUCUUAGCUAUCAAGGCCAAAAAUUUAUAUUCUAGAACUUUAGGAACUUCAGGAUUCUAAGAUCAGAUCUGAUUACACUAUAUUAUUGCUCUCUUUUUCCUUACUGCAGAUUAAAUUUAUUAUGGUUCUUAAGUGAUCAAAGAAAUAGUAUUGAUCUAAAUAAAACUGGUAAAAAUAGGUAAUUGAACCUCAAAGAAGAGUUAAUUUUCAGGAAAUAUGUUUUUCCUUGUCAAACGAGAAAAUUAUUUUCAAUUGGAACAGUUAGAGAAUUCUAUUUGUCAUAUGGAAUAUAAUCAUGCAAAAACUUUUAAAUUACACAUACAAAGAAUACAUCUGUUGUUGGAAAUUUAAAAAUCAGAUAAUAUAGCUUAAAUUCAGACACACAGCAUUAAUAUCCUUAUUUCAACAAGAAAGUAUCAAACCUUUAAACCAUAAAAUGAUGGCUCAUAGAAGAAUCUUUUGGGGAAAUCAUCCUGUUUGUAGUUCUGCAUUGCUUCUAUUUGAAAUGGUAAGCAUUUUCAUUAGAAAUUACCUUUUUAUGAUAGGUUACAUACUUUUAUACCAGUUUGAGCAAUAAAGUAAAGCUGCAUUGUUAUUUUAACCUUUGCCUUAAAACACUUGAAAAGAAAUUAUUGAUGUCUAGAAAACCUUAUGAACUGCCUUUUUGGUAUAUUCAUUCAACUAAGGUUAAAUUAUGUCAUGAAACCCCUUUUCCCUGCUUUCUUCCAGGAAACUUUAGGAAAUAAAGGCUUUAAGUAUUGUUCAUUUCAUCUACAAGGAAGUAAAAGAGUAUUUUAUGAUGCCAUAACAUUUGGAAUAAAGAAACUAAUAUCUACAGAAUUAUAAGCUAAUAUUUUUUGAGUUUGAAAUAGUCUCAAGUUUAGAGUUCUUUUGCUAAGUCUUACAUACAAAGCUGAAUCAAGUUUGAGGGUCUUCCUAAUACACUGAUUGGUUUUAGCAAAGGAAAUGGGGGGCGGUGAUCUAUUCAGAUGACUUCUCAUUCAUCUGAGCUGUGAUAUUUAAUUUUUUAAAUGUCUGUACUUCUCAAAAUGAGACAUAUGAGUUUCUCUUUAGGCUUUAUUAAUUAUGAUGGAUUGUAUUUUGGUUGGUUCAGCACCUUGGCAAAAUUAAAUUUAUGUAUCAUGCUA